GCACCUUUAACUCUAGUCUGUCUAAAGCUGCUCUUCUCAUGGUUUUUCAUUCUGAAUCCCAUCCGUCUACUCUUCUUCCACCCAUUAAGUAAACUCGCUGGUCCGAAGACCUGGGCCGUCACUCGCUGGAGCGUUUCGCGAGCAAUUAUUUCAGGUAAAUCCCACGAUAUCAUUCUCGAUUUACAUAAAAAGUACGGACCCAUGGUACGAAUCGCACCUGAUGAUCUGGCCUUCCAGUCCAUCUCUGCCUGGACAGACAUUGGUGGCCACCGCAGAAAUGGUCUGGCGGAAAUGAGGAAGCAGCCCGUCUUUAAUGAAACCUUCAAGGACAAUCUGCUCGGUGUCGGUCCACGUGAAGAUCAUUCGAGGAUGCGUAGGAUCUUAUCCCGCGGAUUUGCAGCCUCAACAUUGCAAAGGCAAGAGCCUUUUCUCAAUUCUUACGUCGAUAAACUCAUUUCCGAACUCUCGAAACGGUGCGAUGAUGGUAAAGCGCUGAUCAGUAUCGAAACUUGGUACAGUUUCAUUGCAUUUGAUAUCAUUGGUGGGUUGUUGUCCACUCUAUCUUUGAUAUGUAACCAUCAACCAAUAAUUAAAUGUGAAAUAUGUAGGUGAUUUGACCUUUGGGGAAUCUUUCGGUUCUCUUGAUAGUGGAGGCCAUCAUGUCUUCGCCUCUCUAGUCUUAAGCACUACGAGAUUCGUCACUCUCGCCAACUGCCUGAAGAGAAUUGGCGCAGUCUGCCUACCUUUUCUGUUCUUCAUCAGUAAGACUUGUGCCACUCCGCAUUGCCAAUAUCUCUCUUUCUCAAGACUCUAAUUCCUUGUUUUCUAGUGCCAAAAGGGCUCAGUAAGAGGGUAAAAGACAAUGAGCAGUUGAAUGACGCCAAAAUUCAAAGACGUCGUGCGGUUGGCACUGAAAGACCCGAUUUCAUGACAGCUAUGAUCGGUAACGGCGAAAACGGGGAGUCUCUAUCGGAGGCUGAGAUUACUUCAAAUUGCCCUGCGCUUAUGCUUGGAGGCGCGGAGACCAUUUCCAGCUCUCUUAGUGGCACAACUUACUACCUGGCGACGAACCCUCUUGCAUUAGUGAAGGCGGUCAACGAAGUUCGUUCGGCUUUUCCCCGCGAAGAGCAAAUUACAUUACCAGCGACAGGUCAGCUUAAAUAUCUCAAUGCUGUUCUCACCGAAUCAUUACGAAUGUUCCCGUAAGUUUAACAAUUAUUUCAGCCUUUAGAAAAUGAUACAAAAUAUUGAAAAUAUUUAGUCCCUUUUCUGGAGCCUCGCCGAGAGUGGUUCCCAGUGGCGGCGCUACAAUCGCUGGACAAUUUAUUCCAGAAAAUGUAUGUCAUACUAUCCGCAACAUUGCCCAGUUUUACUCGCACGUGGCUUAACUAACAAUUUACCUAGACUGUUGUUGGUAUCUGGCAUUGGAGCAUGUCUAGGAGUCCAAGAUAUUUCUUGCAUCCUGAUGAAUUCCAUCCAGAGCGCUGGCUUGAUGAUCCUCGUUUCAAGAACGACCAGAAGCAAGCUUAUCAGCCGUUCGCUGUUGGGCCACGCAAUUGUAUUGGGAUGAACUUGGCGUAUGCCGAGCUCCGUCUGGUUAUAGCGCGGGUCUUAUGGAACUUUGACUUGCAGCUUGAUGAGUGUUGUUCGAAUUGGGUAGACGAUUGCCCUGAGUAUUUCGGCUGGGAGAAAGUUCCCCUCCUGGUUCGCCUUGCCCCUGUACAGAGGUAG